AUGUCCGCCAACACCAUCCUCAGCAAAAUGCGGAAUCAGGUGAAAUCUUCGAAAUCUUUGGAGUCCCGAUUCCCAGAUACCGUCCGAACAAACUAUACCUCUCUCCCAGUCUCCAUCCCUCCUGAUUUCCUCGGCCCUCUUGCAGAUACCUCCAAACCCACUGUUUCCAGGAUCGACUUCGCCAAUAGUCCGCUGCCAGAAUAUAAAUCCUUUUACGCCGUCGUCCUCGAUAACGUGCUCUCCGCCCAAGAAUGCCAGGAGCUCAUCCACAUGGCGGAGCAAUCGGCAGGGGCGCAUGGGAACGGCCCUGAGAAAAGCGUGGAGAACAAUGGUUGGCGCCCAGCCAUGGUAAAUGCGGGGUACAAUUUCGAGGUUUUAUCGCUGGAAUAUAGGAACUCUGACAGGAUAAUCUGGGAUAACCAAGAGAUAGCUCAUAGGCUGUGGCUCAGGGUUCUGCAAGGCGAGGGCAUGAAAGAGUAUUUCGAGGAAAUGGAAGGGGAGGAGUAUGCUCCGGUUAUUGGGCCUCGAUCUGUCAAGCUAGGAGAAAGGUGGGCUGUCGCUGAGAAGGGACUCAAUGAACGUUUGAGAUUUUUGAAAUACGGUGAAGGGCAGUUUUUCAGAGAGCAUUGUGACGGCACAUAUGAAACUCCAGAUGGUGCCUUUCGCUCCUUCUUCACAUUGCACCUCUAUCUGAACGAUUCCGCGCAAGCGCUCGGAAUCCCCGACUCUGAUACAGAAGGCGGGAAGGAUCCCGCAAAUGGGAUGCUUCGGGGAGGGUCUACGCCCUUCUUCUCGCAACGCAUGGAGGGAAGGAGGGUAGAUAUUGAUCCUAAGGCUGGGAGGGUGCUGAUUUUUCAGCACAAAGGAUUGCUGCAUUCGGGCGAUCUUGUUACUGCCGGAAUUAAGUAUACGAUGAGGACUGAUCUUAUGUAUGGAAUGGCUGGUAGUAGUGCUGAUGGGGCGGAUGGUGUCGAUAUUGAAUUUGGUUAG